CCUUGUACCGCCUCUUAAAUGCGCCUUGUUCUCUUCCUUCUCCCUCUGCAGCUCCUCUUCCUCUUCUCCUCCUGAAAGCCAUACCAGGCUACUCCACAUAGCCAUGGCGAGCACCCACGCUGUCUGCUCCAUGUGCGGCGACAUCGGCUUCCCCGACAAACUCUUCCGAUGCUCCCGAUGCCGCUCUCGCUUCCAGCACUCAUACUGCACCAACUUCUAUCAUGAACUGCCGGCGGGGUCUGCAGGGGUAUGCGAUUGGUGCCUGAGUGAAGGCAGGAUCGGGGACAAGUAUGAAUUGCCUUGGAAGAAGUCGGAAAGGAGAGACAGUGCCGAAGCAGCUGGUAGACGUACUGCGUACGCCAAGGGCGACAAGGUUAAGCAAAGCGGCAGAGUCGACGACAGCGACAGCCGGGGCUCCAGUGGCAGCAGUACGUCUUCUUCAAAGCCGGCCGGCCGCAGGUACAAGCUACUCAAGGAUGUCUUGUGCUGAGCACUACCCCAGUGUCUGUGUGUGUGUGUUCAUUAGUAGAUUAGCUGUAUGAUCCACUUGCAUAGAGUGAGAGCUGUGAUGUUUUUUGUAUAUUACUCCUGUGUUACCAUGAUGUAAUUAAUGUCGAUCAUAAAAGGUUUCUGGUUCGUGU